UCAGAACGCGAUCGACUGCCAAAGUGAACAGUGAAGAUGGCUUUUCCCGUCAGUGCUACACUCAAAUUGCGAUUGGAUAGAUUGUGUGCAGUGCAAUAAAAUGUUGAAUAUUUUCCAAAGGACAGUGAUCGUUUAAAAGUUUCUUCAAAAGGACGAAAGAGUUUCUCCUUGAGUGAAAUUACUUUUGUGAUUUAUUCCUUUUCUUUCCGUGUAAAGUCAUGGCUCCUAACGUAGUUGAUCCACCGAAGAAUAUUGAGGACAGGGACAUCAUCCCAUCCUUCAGUCGCAGCCAGAGUUCAGUGGAUGAGAACAAUCUUGAUAAAGUUGAGAGUGGCAGUGAAACGAAGUUGAUUCCCGUUGAGGAAGAAUGGUGGCAGACAACCCUUCAAGUGCUCGUGCCCUUCAUGAUCGCCGGAGUGGGGACCAUUGGGGCAGGAGUUGUGUUUGGAAUAGUUGAACAAUGGGAGGUUUUCCAGAAUGUUUCGGAGCUUUUCAUCAUGGUACCCGCUCUGAUUGGGCUUAAGGGCAAUUUGGACAUGUGCCUCGCAUCUCGACUUUCCACGCAAGCGAAUCUCGGCAAUAUGCACAAUUUUAAGAUUAUGAUGUCCAUGGUUGUUGGCAACAUCUGCCUGGUGCAGAUUCAGGCCAUCGUGGCAUCCUUCAUUGUUGCUCUUUUUGCCAUUGGUGUCAAUGCCGCCAUCAAUGGAACCUUCUCUAUUGAGCAUUCAGUGAUGAUUGUAGCAGCUAGUAUGUUUACGGCAACAUCCUCCUGCUUAGUCUUAGGUAAUCCUUGAUUCUGCUUAAUCUUUGACGUCGUCCUUACAACAGUGAUCCUUGUGGCUAAACGCUAUGGGUUCAACCCAGACAACCUAGCCACACCCUUGGCUGCUUCCAUCGGAGAUUUGGUCUCCCUCUCCCUCCUGUCAGCCAUUGCAUCGCUCCUCUAUCAGAAUCUGGAGACAAAGCUCUGGAUUAACUACAUCAUCAUUGCAUUUUACAUAAUAGUUCUGCCGCUCUGGCUUCUUGUUGUGCUCCGCAACAGAUUUACAAGGCACGUCCUAAAGAGCGGCUGGGUACCAGUAAUUUCAGCUCUCUUCAUCAGUGGUUUGGGUGGAUUGGUGUUGGAUGCCGCUGUGGAGGACCAUCGGGGAUUCGUGGUGUUCCAGCCAAUUAUUAAUGGAAUCGGCGGGAACCUCGUGUCCGUUCAGGCGAGCAGAAUGGCAACGAAAUUGCACCAAACCACCGAAUUGGGCAUCAUGCCAGCAUUUGCGAGAAUCUUCGAGUGGCCACAUCGUGCCCUAUUCAAGGGAGUGCCUUAUGCUAAAACAGCCCGGAUUUUGAUUGCCAUGUCAAUUCCCGGACAGACUGUCUUUAUAUUCGUGGCAGAUGCCAUCCAUAAGUCAGCCUCGACGCUCGAUGCUGCCUUUGUCUUCACAUACCUGACAGCCAACAUCAUUCAGAUUACGCUGCUCCUGUUUGUGGCGCACAUAAUUAUCCAUGCUAUGUGGAGGUGGAAGAUUGAUCCGGAUAAUUCGUCAAUACCCUACUUAACAGCCCUUGGUGAUUUGAGUGGUUCCAGCCUCCUUCUUGUUGCCUUCAUUUUUCUAGACAGCAUUGGACGCCCAUACGAUCCACACGAUUAGCUUUUCCUUCUUUUUUUUUUUUAAUAUUAGUUUGAGAUUUGUUGUAUGUAAAUUUUAUUUGGAUACCAAAGAAAAAAAUACAUCCCAAAAUA